AUGGGAUUGCCACUCAGUUGGCAAAUCGUUUUCAAUGCAUUGCUUUGGCUUGGCGAUGCAGGGAUUUACCGGCACGAACUGGUGGAUGGAGAAGUGCGAGAGGUUUCUUGCCGUUCCCUUGAUGAUUGUUUUGAAAAAGGAUUUAUGACGCCUGGAAUGAUGCUGCACAGAAUGUGGGACCAAAGAAUAGAUGCCGCCAUGCAGAAAAGGAAAAAUACAUUGUCCCAAGCCAACUUCUCAUCACUGCUGGUUCGACAGCGCCAGGUGCGUCAUGUGCUGCGUCGCAUGUUUCGGGUUGUUGAAGAUCGGCCUGCGCCAGUCACGCGCUUGGUACGUCGCUAUCAGGAUGAGAGCCGUGGAGUAACAGUUCUUAUGCUUCUUUUUGAGUCAUGGCGUGGAGAAUUUGUGCCUGCUGUGGUCUUUGUCCCUCUGGGCUUGGAGAUGCAACUGGAGAGACGACCAGCAGUGUUGCACUUGCCUGGACACCUUGCUGGUGGCUUGCGGGAUCCAGAUGAGCAAAAGCUUUCUUUGAAGCUUGCACAGCAAGGAUAUGUAGUCAUGAGCUUUGAUCCCAUCUCGCAGGGCGAGCGCUUGCAAUAUGGUUCCAAAGCUUUCGACUUGGAGUGCCGAGCAGCAAAGCAAGACCCUGGCACAGACGGUCAAAUGCCACCUUGCAAGGGAGAUGGCCCUCCCUGCUCUGAAGCACACAACCACUUUGGUCAGCAGCUCUGGUUGCUGGGACUUGGCGCUGAAGAGCUUUUCGUUCGCGAUGCACAGCGAGCGUUGGACAUCCUGACGGACCUGCCUUUCGUGAACGCAUCAAGCAUCGGAGUUGUUGGCUGCAGUGGCGGUGGCACGAUGACCGCUUACCUGGGUGCCGUCGAUGAUCGAGUGACUGCAGCAGUUGUGGCAUGCUACUUCUCCACGCUAGGCCGAGAAUUGGAAGAAGGCACUUGCAACUACGACGCUGAGCAGAUCAUUUGGGGUAUGGCAAAGCACGGCAUAGACAAGCCUGAUUUGCUGCGUGCACGAGCUCCCAAAGCUACUGCAAUCCUUUUGACUUCGCAUGAUUGCUUCCCCAUAGCUGGUGGUCGUGAAGGAUUUGCAGAGGUGGAGACGGCGUUUUAUGCGCAUGGAGAUGCCCACAAUCUCUAUGCAAGCGAAGCAGCUGGCUUUCAUGAGGUCACACAGACAGGUUUGACCGCAGUGCAGCAGUUCUUUGAAGAACAGCUUGGCCCGCACCCAUCUUGGCUGGCCCCAAUCUCUGAUCCCACGCCUUUGCCCUGCAAGAUGCUGUGGUUUGGGCAGGAGCAGCUUAAGGCUGGCUUUGAUGGCCCAGCUGUACAGAUACCUCAGCUGCUGCGCAAGUUGGCCCGGCCGAAGCGGCAAGCGUUGCGGUGGAAACGGCGCGGAGAGGCCGUCGGCAGAGGCAGACGCUGGUUAGAAGCUUUGCCCAAGGUGAGUGCUCGCACUGCCAAAGUGCAAUCCUAUGCAAUCGAGAAGGUUUCCCUUGGUGGUGAAGAGCCCAUGAUGGUAGCAGCACGAACAAGUUACUUCAGCUUUGGAAAGGAGGAUUGGUAUAUCCUCUACACCGACACUUCCUGCGCGGUGACGUUGCGGCUCUUUGAGACGCCUGGGCGGCCAAAGGAGGAUGUGGUGGUUCUCAUCUUCGGUGGCGCUACCGAUGUGAAUCGUCAACUCAGCAAGCAGGAGGACCUGCUCUUGAGCCAACUGCAGGAUCAUGGUUUCGGUGCAGUCGCCAUAUGUGGCCUCUGCGGCUUUGGAGAUAAGUUCUGGAGGGAUGGGCUUUGGCAAUUCGCACCCAUUCUUCUAGGUGAGACGCACACCGGCUUCCACGCCUCAGAGGUGCUUCACACCAUGUCCUGGGCCUUUAGGCAGCUGCGAGCCCGUCAAGUGGUUCUGAUUGGAUACGGUGGUGCCAUUGGAGCUGUGGUGCAUGCUGCAGUGCAUGCACCUUCCUCUGACGCGCGUCGUCUGGGUGCCUUGGUGCUGCUCUGGCCUCCCAGCUUUGAAGAAGUGGCUCGAGCGAAAAGGCACAAGUUGCCGUGGCAAAUGCAGAUGCAUGGAGUGCUGAAUCACUACGACUUGCCUGACUUGCUGGCCGCAAUUCCGGCGAAGAGUGCGGCACCCACCUUGAUCGUAGAGCCUCGUGGAGCCUCAAGAGCAUCCCUGCCCCGUGGAUAUGCUUGGCGAAUGUAUUCACUGGCUGCCAAGCGUUUGCGCCGAGCAGGACAUGGUCUGCGCUUGUUGGCAGGCCGUCGCUUCAGUGAGAUGCGACGGGCCUUGGAGAUUGCCAUUUUUCUGAAAGCCAGGGUGGCUCACGCUUGA